CCAAAUUCGCGCAAAAAAAAAAAAAAAAAAAACACCCAAUUCGAUCAUAUUAGAAAAACCCUAACCGGCUAGCAUUCUGUCUUAAAAAGGAAGUUUUUCUCGGAAAGAUCUCCGAUUGUUUUCGUGGUGGCAAAAACUUAUCUCUUAGAAGUUUGUAGAUUUUUUGUUGCAGAUAUAUAGAAGGAUCGAUUGCUACAAGUUAACGAUGGUUAUUGAAGUGGAAGAGAUGGAGAAGGCGCGAACCAGGAAACGGCCUCGUCUUGGGUGGGACGUCGCACCAUCUGGGCCAGAGGCGCAACGAGCUCUGGUGACGGCUCGGCGUUCCUCGCCGCCCAAGAGGGAUGAUGAUCACGAAGGCCAUUACGUCUUUAACCUCGGCGAAAAUCUCACUCCAAGAUAUAAAAUACUUAGUAAGAUGGGUGAAGGCACAUUUGGCCGAGUUUUGGAAUGUUGGGACCGUCAAACACGAGAGUAUGUUGCGAUUAAGGUAGUUAGAAGCAUACGUAAAUACCGUGAUGCAGCAAUGAUUGAAGUUGAUAUACUGCAACAUCUUGCUAAGAAUGAUAAAGGCAUCUCACGCUGUGUACAGAUUCGCAAUUGGUUUGAUUACCGCAAUCACAUUUGUAUUGUGUUUGAGAAGCUUGGACCCAGUUUAUUUGAUUUUCUAAAGAGAAAUAAAUACUGCCCUUUUCCUGUGGAUCUUGUUCGGGAAUUUGGACGUCAGCUUUUGGAAUCUGUAGCAUAUAUGCAUGAUUUGCUCUUAAUCCACACUGACCUGAAGCCAGAAAAUAUUCUUCUUGUAUCUUCUGAAUAUGUAAAGCUUCCUGGCUGCAAGAGGAGUUCUUCAGAUGAAAUGCAUUUCAGGUGCUUGCCAAAGUCAAGUGCCAUUAAGCUGAUUGAUUUUGGUAGUACUGCAUUUGAUAAUCAGAAUCAUAGCUCCAUUGUUUCCACAAGGCAUUACAGAGCCCCUGAGAUUAUUCUAGGGAUAGGUCUAGGUUGGAGUUAUCCAUGUGAUCUCUGGAGUGUUGGUUGUAUACUUAUUGAACUAUGCACUGGUGAAGCAUUAUUUCAAACCCAUGAGAACUUGGAGCAUUUGGCAAUGAUGGAGAGGGUAUUAGGACCUCUUCCUGAGCAUAUGAUUCGAAGGGCUAACCGGGGUGCUGAAAAGUAUUUUCGACGAGGCUCUAGACUAAAUUGGCCUGAAGGAGCAGUAUCUAGGGAGAGUAUUAGAGCUGUUAAGAAGCUUGAUCGACUGAAGAAUAUGGUAUCACAUGCAGAGAGAUCAAGAUAUUCAUUUGCAGACCUGUUGGAAGGUUUGUUGAAAUAUGAGCCAUCUGAACGUCUCACUGCACGUCAGGCUCUAAAUCAUCCUUUUUUUAAGAAUCCAAGCUAAGUGGAAAUAGUAAAUAAAUGGUUUCAAAGUGCUUGGAUAUCUGUGGGAGACAAUGGCGAAGGCCACAAAUUUUGAGAUUCCUAUGUUUGUAUACCAUGUUGGUUUAUCAGAAUAUAGAAGUUGCAUAUUUUGUUGUGA